UCAUCUCAAAUGGGGAAGGAGAAGCUGAUGGAGCAGAUCUUCCACCUCAAGCUCACUUCCAAAUCGCUUGUCCGCCAGGCGAAGAAAUGCGAGCAGGAGGAGAAGUCUGAGAAGGCCAAGGUGAAGAAGGCAAUCGAGAAGGGGAACAUGGACGGAGCACGGAUCUACGCGCAGAAUGCCAUCCGCAAGCGGAACGAGCAGCUCAACUACCUACGGUUUGCGUCCCGCCUCGAUGCAGUCGUGGCCCGCCUCGGGAGCCAGGGCAGCUUCCAGGCCGUCGGGAAGUCGAUGGGCGGGAUCGUGAAGGCACUCGAGGGGUCCCUAUCGGUCGGUAACAUGGAGAAGGUGUCGCAGACGAUGGAUCGAUUCGAGAAGGUGUUCGUGAACAUGGAAGUGCAGUCUAGCUUCACCGAGAAGGCGAUGGCCGGGACGACGUCGCUGUCCACACCUGAAGGGGAGGUGGGGUCCCUGAUGCAGCAGGUGGCCGACGAUUAUGGGCUGGAGGUUUCUGUGAAGCUUCCACAGGCUGGGAAUCAGGCUCUUGGAUUGAAGGAGAAAGGGGUGGCCGUUUCUGAGGAAGAGCUGAGCAGGAGAUUGGCAGAUUUGAAAUCCAAGGGUUGAUAUCUGAUAGGUGGGACCCACCUGAAGUUGGAGUUUGUAGGUGCUUCUGCCCCCACAUGGGCCCUUCCUCAGUGAUCAGAACCGUUCAUUCUAUGGGUGCUGUAAGGUAUAUCUUGUUCUGUGAAAAUUUUACCGAUUUGAUGAUCCUGACCGUCCAGUCAUCGGUUGUUGGCCUUCUCAGUUUUAUCUGUCCUUUUGAAGGCAUUACUGGUAACUUUCUUCGCUUUAUAAGCCAUCUGUGGAGGAGACCACAUUAUGAACGGUUCUGAUCAUGAGGGGUGGUGGGCCUCAUAUGCAUGCAGAAGGACUGAGGACUAAAAUUUUGGGUGGUGGUAUUUACUAUGGAACUUCUUCCUAUAUCUUUGUAUGUAUUACACAAUGCUUGGAGGGGGAUAUCGCACAAUAAAUUGGGGUUUUCAGCUUUAGCAAGUGGGCCCAUGAUUCAAUGAUCCAUGACGUUGAUAUGAUGGAGCUCACCUUAGAUGGCGAAUGCACCAAAAUUCGGCCCCAGAUUGGAAGAUCCAAGCUACAAAAUAUUAGUUGAAUUGGAACCGUUUCCAAU